AUGCAGGAAAUAGAAUUUAUACCUACUAUUGAUGUAUUACAAUCCAUCACAGAGAACUGUCCAGAAUGUUAUUCUCACCAAAAAGAGAAUUUACUGGUCGAUGCAAGAUUAUAUGUGGGACUAGUUCUAUCAGAGUUUAAAUUACGUAGAUCAGAUAAUCUUGUUCCGCCACAAUCUUUUGCAAGCAACUUUCUUCUCAUAAUGUCCAGAAUUGGGUAUUGGCAAACUACUAGUUCAGUAGAUUGGUGUGAAAACAAUUAUGAAUAUUCUCAUUACAUCGCCGAAUUUUGGAACACCUUCUCAAGUCUUGCAAUGAUAAUAUUCGGAGAAGCAGGUGCAAGAAUGAACUUAUGUGAGGGCUUUCGUUUUAAACUUGCAUUUCGGUUGAUUUCUGUUGUUGGAGUUGGUAGUCUACUUUUUCAUGCAACCUUAACAAGUGAAAUGCAGGCUCUUGAUGAGGUUCCGAUGGUAUGGUCCGCAUUGACGCUAGUACAUCCUUUAAUAGAAUCGAUUUAUGGUCCUCAAGGAUAUUGGCUACCAAUAGCACAAGUCAUUCACGCAAUAUUGUGUACUCUAGCUGUAACCAUUGCAAAGGGAGACAUGCAAUUCAUCUUCUUUCAUAUGUCCUUUGGCUCUUUAGAACUGCUUUCCCUUUAUCUGAUGCAUCGUAUUUAUUCCCUAAAGAAAUCCUCUCAUCCUGCAGUAAAAUAUUUAUUUGAACGUGGCGUGAUUAUUUACUCACUGGCCAUCGCCAUAUGGUUGACUGAUCUAUAUAUGUGUGAUUAUGUUAAUGGCGGUGAGAAGUCUAUACUUCCAUUCAAUCCACAACUACAUUCUAUUUGGCAUCUAUUGGCAAGCUUUGGGUUGUACUUGUUAGUGGUGUUAACAUUAUAUAAUUUUCUCUGGGAGAGUGGUGUUAAGUGUAAUGUUGUUUAUAGAUUCGGUGGUUUGGUGCCGGUGGUGGUCAAAAAUUCAUUAUCUUUUAAGGAUGUUAAGAAGCUUGAGAGGUCAAAGCCUCGGAAAAAUAGUUUCAUUUCUAUUUAUAGUAGAGAAUUUUAG